UAAAGAACUAACACACGGUGGUGGCAGCAGACAGGUGGGCAGGCAGAGGGGAAAAGCUUUUCAAAUGUCUGACUGAGAGACAAGGUGUGGGUUUCUUCACAAAGGCACGCAAAGCUCAAACUUUACAUUCGGUGGAUUUUUUUUUUAUUCCUGUAACAGAGGUGGAAUCACUGGACGGACACUCUCACUCAUGAUUCACCGCUGAAUGGAACAGUUUCAUCCUUUCUGCGUCGACACCUGCACUGAAAACUAAGCGAGGGAGCAUCAAAGAGCAAGUUUCCAGAGUUUAAACCUACUCUGCUCUUAAAUAUGAUGAGUUUUUGUUUUGGUCGUCUAUAAAAAACAACAACAAAAAAAACACACGUCUCUAUCUGUUGGAGGAAUUCCGGCCUGUCAGCUAUUUUGGUUCCUGUCUUGCUUUCACUAUUUUGUGAAAGGAGAUGUAAAAAGGAAGGAAGGGGAGUGCGAGUGAGAGAGAACGACACAGAGAGGAGGGGAGACAGACGUAUACAGUCCGAGCGUCUUGGCGAGUGUCAGUUGUUUUCAAAAGCAGCUGAGAAGAAAGAAGCGAAGACACGACAUGGUUCGGUGGUUUCACAGAGACAUCACAGGCCUGCAGGCCGAGGACAUGCUGAAGACUCGAGGCAUCCAUGGCAGCUUUUUGGCUCGACCCAGCAAGAAAAACGUAGGAGAUUUCUCCCUCUCUGUCAGAGUGGGCGAGAUGGUGACCCACAUCCGCAUCCAAAACACGGGAGACUUCUAUGACUUGUACGGCGGGGAGAAGUUUGCCACCCUGUCAGAGCUGGUGGAGUACUACACGGCUGAGAAUGGCAUCCUGCAGGACAAGGAUGGCACCGUCAUUGAGCUCAGAUACCCCCUCAACUGCUCCGACCCCACCACAGAGAGGUGGUACCACGGUCACCUGAGUGGGCCAAAUGCAGAGAAGCUGCUGGGUGCACGGGACGAGUCGGGGACCUUCCUGGUCAGAGAGUCACUGUCCAAGCCCGGAGACUUUGUCCUGUCGGUUCUGACAGACGAGAAGAGCAAAACGGGAGGAAAGAGGGUCUCCCACAUCAAGAUAAUGUGUCAGAUUGAUAUAUGUGUGUGUGUGUGUGUGUGUGUGUGUGUUCAGAAUGACAGGUACACAGUUGGAGGUUCAGAGCUGUUCGACACGCUGACAGACCUGGUGGAGUACUACAAACGCAAAGGCAUCGAGGAGAUCUCUGGGAACUGGGUGUAUCUCAAACAGCCGUAUUACUCCACCAGAGUGAACGCAGCAGACAUCGACAGCAGAGUGAAACAGCUGGAUCAGACCUCACAGCAGCAGCAGGAGGGCGAGGGAGAGAAGAGCAAGGCGGGCUUCUGGGAGGAGUUUGACGCUCUUCAAAAGUUUGAGGCAAAGGUGAAGAAGAGCCGAGAGGAGGGUCAGAGGCCUGAAAAUAAGAGCAAAAACAGAUACAAGAAUAUUCUUCCCUUCAAUGACACCAGGGUCAUCCUGCAGGACACUGAUCCUGAUGUUGUGGGUUCAGAUUACAUCAACGCCAACUACGUGAGAAACAACCUGUUUGAGGCCGGAGAGCAGAAGGUUUACAUCGCCACCCAGGGGUGCCUAGCAACAACUGUCAACGAUUUCUGGCAGAUGGUAUGGCAGGAGAAUACGAGGGUGAUCGUCAUGACAACGAGAGAGGUUGAGAAAGGGCGGAAUAAAUGUGUGCCAUACUGGCCCGACAGUGACAGCACCAAGGAGGUGGGUGCAUACAUAGUGUCCGCUGUUUCAGAGAGGGAAGCUGCUGAUUACAAAAUCCGAGUUUUGGAGAUUGCUCCUAUGGACCAGCCAAAGCAGUCUCGCACCAUCUGGCACUACCAGUACAUGAGCUGGCCUGACCACGGCGUCCCACAGGAGCCAGGUGCUGUCCUCAGCUUCCUCAGUCAAGUGAACUCUAAACAGGAGGAAUUCCCGGAUGCUGGACCCAUGAUCAUCCACUGCAGCGCUGGAAUCGGACGAACAGGCACGAUUGUGGUGAUCGACAUGAUCAUCCAGACCAUUGACACUAUCGGUCUGGACUGUGAUCUCGACAUCCCGAAAUACAUCCAGAUGGUCCGAGAGCAGCGCUCUGGCAUGGUGCAGACGGAGGCCCAGUACAAGUUCAUCUACCUAGCUGUGUCCGAGUACAUACAGACCACUAAGGCCAAAACCUGUGCCUACAUGGAAACUGAGACAGAGUAUGGAAAUCUGCAACUCAAACACCAACCAGCGAGCAGGAAGGUCUCAAAAAACAAGGAGGACGUUUACGAGAAUCUGUCAAAAGGGAAGAAGGAUGGAAAGAAGUCAAAGACAGACAAGAAAAGUGGCUCCGUGAAGAAAAGAUAGGAAGUUUUAUCAAAGUAUGUCAUGUUGUUAUAUUUAUGCAGGCUCUCUUCUCUUAAAUAAUUUGUAUUUUAGUGGAGAUAAUAAAAUUAAGAUUUGACCGUUAAGUUGUUGACAUGAGAUGUGUCACAUGAGUGCUUGGUUGAAGUGUUGAGAAUAAAGCCAGAACAUGUGUGAACA